CUUUGUCAUGUUAUAGAGUACGGAGUUACAUAAAGCCAUCAUCAUCAGCGAUGGCCGUGCUGAAUCUCAAGCAGACAGAUCUCUCCAAUUCACUCUCGGUCCAAGAUAGCCAGCCCUACUUCCCACCUACAUCAACAGUCCUAGUAUCUACAAGAUAAUCUUCACCAUGACAACCCCAACUCCAAACCUCGUCUCCAUCAACAAGCUCUCCGGCACCCGCGUCCUCAUCAUCGGCGGCACCUCCGGCCUGGGGUUCGCCGUCGCCCGCGCCGCCCUCGAACACGGCGCCAGCGUCCUCGUCGCCAGCUCCCGCCCCGAAAAAGUCCAGUCCGCGCUCUCCCGCCUGCGCACCUUCUACCCAGACGAGCAAUUCACGAGCAGAAUAGCCGGCACAACAGUCGACCUAGGGGAUGAGUCCACCCUCGAGGCGAACGUCCUCACUCUGCUGGAUAAAGCAACGCAGCCUGAUCUCUUCCCGUCUACAGCGGACACCUCCGGGAAAAGCGAAAAGGUCCUCCUAGACCACAUCGUCUUCACAGCCGGCGACGCCCUCAAAAUCCUCCCGCCGACAGACCCAACCCUCGACCCCGCAUACAUCCGCGCCCUCACCACCGUCCGGGUCCUGGGCGGCCUGAUGCUCGCGAAGCACGUCCCGAGCUACAUGGCGCAAUCUGCGCGGUCGUCACUGACGCUAACGAGCGGGGCGGUGGCGGUGCGGCCGCCGCCGGGGUACAGUGUGGGAGCGAUGCUUGGGAAUGCGAUCAUCGGGCUUGGGCGCGGGUUAGCGGUUGAUCUUGCGCCGGUGAGGGUGAAUGUUGUUGCGCCGGGGGCGGUGCGGACGGAGCUGUUUGGGGGUUUGCCUGAGGAGGUGAUUGAGGGGUUGAAGGGGAGGACGUUGACGGGGAAUUGGGCCGGCCGGAGGAUGUGGCGGAGGGGUAUUUGGGGUUAUGAAGGAUGGGUUUGUGACAGGGGUGGUGGUGCAGUCGGAUGGGGGAUGAGCAUCAAGGCUUGAGCUUGAUUGAAUGUUAUUGCUUGUUUUUAAUGUGGAUGUAAGUAAGGAAAGACGGUAAUGAAUAGCUUGAUGCUGAUGCUAAUAUGCUGACGCUGACGCUGUACUGUACUAACGCUAAACUGAUAUCAUAACAUGACAUAACUAU